AUGCCAGCCAGUCUAGCCACCCCGGGCUGGUCUGGUCCGCUGCUGAUCCAGGCCGAGCUGGCUCCGCGUACCAGUCUGCCCGCACUCCCAGAGCGCGCGUCUGCCUACCUUGGUGCUGGCCUUUUCUUCACACUCCUGGUGGGCUCCGAGAGUGCGCGCGCGCAGAUUGGAUGUGCGUCUCGAACCCUGGCGUCCUGUAAAUCCCUGGGCCGCUCCUGCUGCACCGCGUCCGUCCGCCACAGAAGACUCGCGACCCGUCUCGUCUGUUCCGCGCUGAUCCUGGUGCCGCUCCGGGCUGGUACCGGGGCUGGUACAGGGGCUGCUCCUGGGGCCGCUCCUCGAGUGUCCUGCGUGUUCCUUUCUGCGUGUCCCUGCUGUCGAGUCUCGUCUCAAGCUCUGCUUCAGUUUCCGCGUUCCUUGAGGGCCGGCUCUGGGCGGUUUAUAUAG